AACGGCCAAAUACCUUCGUUACUCUCAGCGGUUGAGCUUGUAUUCAAAUCGAGAAAAAGCGGAGCCUGAUUGGCCAGGGAGACCGUUUACCCGCAUGCGUACUACGGGUCAUAAAAAAUGAUGCAUUCAUCGCAGCUGUCGGAAAUGUCGGAAGUGUGUGGGGGGGGCAUAUUAAUUAUUUAGACGAAUUAUAUAUGAGCACAGUUCUCCUUAUUUACGGGAGUAACUGUAGAUUAUUUUAAACAACCAAAGCCAAACAUUGCAAAGCACGUUUACUCACUACACGAGCAUUGGAGUGUGCUCUAAAAGUUGGUAUAUGCCCGCCUCCUGCUACUUUAAGGAGUAGGAAUUCACUGAGCGCUCUUGAAGGCAUCACGAGAAGGAACAGGAAAUGAAAGCUCUGUUUUGGAGAGACACUUUGCUCCGAGCAGACGGUGAGUUUUUAAGAUUCCUCGUUUAAUACAUCUUUUUCUUCUGUGAAGUUUCACCAAAACUAAAAACGGAUAAAUAAUAAAACGGACAGUAGCAAAUGCUAGACAGGUUGCCGAGAAAGUACUCGCUACAUUUGUUAUGUGGUUUCAAGUAUUCGGAGCGUCAAGUUAUUUGAAAUAAAAGAUGAAAAGACGGUUUAUUAUCCGAGUUACUCUACAUUUUCUGCUUGAAGUGCAGCCGAGGAUACGCUACAUGAAGCCACAAAAAGGGGAGUUUAUGUGCUUGAAAGACAACGAUGAACGGUGCCGUUGCCUCCGAUUUAUGAAAAAAAAAAAAAAGAAGUUAAAAUGUUAUGUAAAACAGUCAACGGUUAGGUUAAGUUAGCAGUUAACAUGCAGUAAUCACAGUAAAGAUAAAAAAACAAAAACGUGAGUUUUAAAUGUACCCAUUACCUAUGUGGAUGUGACUAAAAUUCAACUUUUAAUUAGCUUAAUUGAUGAUGGUCAUGAGGCUGCAGCAGAACACCUGUUACCUAUUUGAAUCUGGGCGCCAACUCGGCUGCAGUUUGACUCCAUAAACGCAUCAGGUUUUGUGUAUGGUUGCACAGCUGAACAGCCUGUCCCUGACAACAAAGUGUGUGUCUGUGGGAGUUGGGACUGGGUGGAUGCUGGCAUGAGGCCUCCUAUUGUCGCUGCGCUGCUGGCUGUAACUAGAGUAGAGAACACACACACACACACACAACACACAAAACACAAAACAACUGAUCCUGUAAUAGGAGCUGAGCCGUGUUUUUGGCUCUUUAAUUGUUUUUCAGUACAAGAUCUGCUCUUCCACACAUACUGGAUAGACUUAUUUUAAUGAAGAAACCUUUACUAGUUAAUCCUACUUUUAAUAGUUUCUGGUUGUACACUCAGUGGCCAUUUCAUUUGAUACACCUGCAAUAUAUAAUACAACCCAAUACAACUGUUGUACCAUAAAGUUUAAUUUCAUUGUGCUUACAAUGUUCCAGGGUUAUUUUUGGCACCGCCAUAGAUGUGUUAAUUAAAUUCUGCACUGAGGUCAUAGUGGUGGUGUUGUACUGUCUCUGAUAUUCUGCUCUCCCCAUCUAUGUCAAUGGAGAGGAAAAAAAUUACAAACACUUGUCAAUGUAAAGUAGUCCAGUAUAACACCAUCUUUCCCUAUGACCCCUGUGUUUAUAUAAAAAAAAAGGAAAAAAUAUGUAAUAUACUCAUUUGUCAGUGAUGACAAAAGCUGAAUAUUAUAAACUUUGGGAAGCUGUUUAAUUUUUUUAUUUAUUUGUUUGCAGAAAAAAAAGCUCUCAUUCUAAAAAUAUAUCUGUUCAGAAAGACACUCAAAUAUAUAUGACCACACUUUACCUACAUAUGCUAAGAUAUACAUGAAUCCUAAGUAAACAGGAGAUAAUGAAGAUGUAUAAGCUACCCCUCCUGUGCUUAACAAUUAUUUCUCAUUCCAAAUGUGCAACAGUCGGUACCAUAAUUGGGGGAAAAAAGAAAGAGACGAGUAAUGGCGAACAAUUAAGUUUGAAUUCCUCAAAGAGUUUAUAACAUUAGUGCACUGACAGUCACAGCCCGGAGGACUAGAGAUUACAGUCAUAAAAAUGCCACACCCAAUUGCAUUGAAUGUGAUGUGAUUAAUCUGCUGAAUAUUUUCUCAAUCAGUCAUUUUGCUUGCAUAAUGUUAGCAAACAGGGAAAAUACAAAUUUUUCCUCUUCAAAUGUCUUGUUACAAUCCAACCAAUAGUCCAAAUCCCAAAGAUAUUUAUUUUACUGUCAUUUCUGACAGGAAUAAAGCAUCAAAUCAUCACACAUUGCAGAAGUUGGAACCUUCAAGCAUUACAUGGUGUGACACAGCUUUUCACCCAUCCUGCUGUCCUGCCAGAUCUUCUCCCAAAACAACCAGUCCUGAGUCCGGCCCCUAGUCUCCACUAUGGAAAAUCUAGAGGAGGACCUGACGUGCUCUGUGUGCUACUCUCUGUUCUCUGACCCGCGAGUCCUGCCGUGCUCGCACACCUUCUGUAAGACCUGUCUGGACAACUUGCUUCAGGUGUCUACCAACUAUUCCAUCUGGCGUCCGCUCCGCCUGCCGCUAAAAUGCCCCAACUGCCGUAAUGUGAUGGAGCUGCCCCCAACGGGCAUAGAUGCUCUGCCCACCAAUGUUUCUCUGCGGGCCAUCAUCGAGAAAUACCAGAAGGACAAUGAGCCACGACCCCCCUCCUGUCAGGAGCACAACAGGCAGCCUCUGAACAUGUACUGCAUCCAGGAUCGGCAGCUGAUCUGUGGGCUGUGUCUGACUGUUGGGCAGCACCAGGGCCAUCCCAUCGACGACCUGCAGGCGGCUUUCAUCAGAGAAAGACAGACGCCAUCGCAACUGCUGGCCAGACUCUCUGAUCAGAGAUGGGCACAGGUGUGUGAGCUAGGGGAGCAGCUGGAGCAGGAGAAGGCCCGCUGUGAGGGUCUGGUGAGGCAGGACCGACAGGAAGUCAAUCAGUUUUUUCAGACGCUGGAGGUGGUGCUGGCCAGGAAGCGGCAAGCUUACCUGGAGGCCCUGGACAAAGCUGGUGCAGAGGUGUCCCGGGCCUAUGAUCCACUCAUCCACAGAGUGAAGGAGCUACAGGAAGAACAGUUGGACCUGGUGUCCUUGGGUUCGUCAGUAGAGGAGGAGGACUCGCCUCUCGUCUUCCUGGAGAAGGUGCAUUUGUUCAGAGAGAGGGUGGAGGAGUUUAUGAAAACUCCUCUGCCCUCUGUGAUAAACCUCUCCGUCACCCCGCGGGCAGCAGAGUACCUUCAGCAGCGCUGGCCUGCUGUGACCAUCAGGAGCCUGGAGGAAGCACCUGUUCCUAAGGUGAGCUGCUGUGCCAGAUGUGGCGGUGUGGAGGCUGGUGCGGAGGCCGAGGCUGGAAGGGAUCAGUCUGACAGCUGGGUGCAGGACGUGUGGUGUGAGCUGCAGCCUACUUCGUCUGUGGUGCUGCUGGGGCUGCUGCUGCUGCUGGCAGUGCUGUGGGUGAACCCGGUAGGAGGGGCAUCGCUCGGUUUCUCUCUGCUGUCUCGGUUAAGUCAGUUAGUCCAUGGCCUGAGCAGCGAACUCAUCACAUCUGUCUGGGACACGGCGGGGUCAGCAUACACAAUGAUGGCAGCAGUUGUAGAGAGAUGGAGCACACAGCUCUCCUCAGUUGGGGGAGAGGCUUUCCAGCAGCUGGCUGCCUUCUUUAAAACUCUGACAUCCCACUGAAAGACACCAAACUGAAACCUUAAACCCUCCAUUUUUAUUUAGAAGCUGAGAAAGUCUCACUUCCCCAUUUCUGUAGUGAAGGAAAAUCCACCUUAAAUAUCUUUUAAACAGCUGCUACUUAAGAGUCAAAAACUGUGGAUGUCUGAUUUUGCUGUCAACUUCACAGUGAAACAGCAGGGGUUUCAAUUUAGAUGUAGACCAACACUGAACCUUCUGUGGUGACAGUAGAGUAAAUGGACCACAAUGCAUUGCAAGCGCUUUUCCUUUUUGUUAAUGCUUCUCAGCACUCAGAAAGGCAUCCUGGAAAAUUCAGGCAAUGAGUAAACAAAUAACUACAUAUUGAAGUCCGGUUUAUAGAAAAUUGCGUCAAAUAAAAUGAUCAUUAUAAAAUUGAAUAUAAUAAAAAUUUAAAUGAAUACAAAUAAAACCAGACUGAGCAGAAAUAACUUGACAAAAAUAACUUUUUAUAAAUGUAUUUAUAAUCACAUAAACAUGGAUACAAUAAUAUUCAUCUUAGGAUUCAUUUUUCCCUUUAGUCUUACUUUAAAGAUUCCCUGAGGUUGCAUGCAGACCAGGGGGAAAGUGCAGGGUAUGACUUGCUCACUUCCAUGUUAAAAAAAAAAAAAAAAAAAAAAAAAAAUUCUGUCAAGGUCUUUUAAAAAAAAAUUAGGCACGGUUUAUGUAUCUGUAAAUCUUUUUAUAUACUGGAUUGUUAUUGUUCAGUGUCGUUCCUCUUUGGAGUGUAUUAUUUGAUCUAUGAUCGUCAUACUGCCUAACUAAUGAGCAUUUAUCUAACACUAAUCGAAACAUUAGACUGAGAAUAUGGUUUGCACAAGGCAAAGUGGGAAGGUGCUUAAGAUGGAAAACUUAGAAAUGAAAAUAGUGCCUACAAACUCUUAAGUCACCUUUCCCAUUGUGCAGUGCGACAUUUCAGUAGCUUUCCUGUUGUCUCAGAGAGCUCGGGACACCAAUGCAGCUAAUUGUGUAUGUUUACAGUGACGGGGGCAGUAUGUGAAAUUUAAAGCCUGCUGAGUGGAAGCAGACACACAGUGGAUCUGACUUAAAGCCUCCACAGAUCAUGUUGCAGUGAUGCUCUGAGUGGCUCCCUUACUGUGCCUUUAGCCAUCACACCUUUACCUCGCCUGCACUUGAUAGCUUUAUUGUAGUGGACUGGUUAUUCCAUCAGGACCAAUAUGUUUUGCUUAGGAUUUGUUUUUUUUUUGUUUUUUUUAUUAAAAUGGUGCAAUGAUAUAGUGUAUUUUAAAAAUUAUUAUAGCCUUUGGAAAAGCUUUAUCAGCACUAUUCUGCCUCCUACAAAAUGUUACAUCAUUUUACUCAAGCAAACUUCAGCAGAGUAGAUCCAAUUUCUAAUAAACGCUGUUAGCCAGACUUGUUAUAGUGGUUUUUAUAAACUUUUCUCAAUUCCUGUAUUUUAAAAAAAAAUGUUACAAUAAAUUUGUUCAAAUGCUCUUAA